AUGAGCGAGGACAAGCAUGCCUCAAGAAACGGCCCCUGCCUUAGGGGAGGCUUGGACAGCCUGUGUCGGUUUGGCAGCAAUGGCCCCAGUGGUAUCCUGCAGUCCAGGGAGAAGGAUGCCUUGGAACUCUGUGGGAAGUGGUGCCAUUGGUCCAGCCCUUUCAUCCAUCUCCUCAUCCUGACUGUGGUGACUUUCUGUGUGCUGGCACCUUUGAUCUGCCACCGUCUCCUUCACUCUUACUUCUACCUGCGGCGCUGGCACCUGAACCCCAUGAGCUAGGAGUUCCUGGAGGAGAACCAGCAGGAGGGGCAGGAUGCCCUCCAUUACUUUGAGGAGAUGCAGAUCCCAAAUGCCUCGAGGCCUCUGGCAGUGAUAUCUUCCAGCCUUUGCUGGCAGAAUAAUUUCCACUAUGUCUUGCAAGUGGCCUCCCACUUCCACCGCCUCUUCCAGAAAUAUGGGGCGCAUUUUCAGAGCCACUUCAUGCUCCUCUGUAACGUGGAGUCAGACCCCAGCAGCCAUCAGGAUGUCAGGCUGCUGAGCAGGUUCUUUCCUAUGGUCAGUCGUGACAGAACUGGAGAGAAUCCUGACCCCAGCUUGAACCAGUCUGAGGAGAAGCAGGACUAUGUCUUCAGCCUGGAGCAGUCACUGUUAGUGUACAACCCAGAGUACAUCCUCCUCAGAGAAGAUGGUGCUGUGCCAGAGGAGGAGAUAUUUUGUGUCUUGCAGCACCUCUUCUCAGCCUGGUUCUCCAAGCCCUACCUCAGAGACAUUCUCUACUUCAAGCUGUACCAACCCAAGAGGCUCCAGCACUACUUCAACCCCAAGCCCAUAAGGAUCCUGGGGUGGCUGGGCCUGGGCAUGUUCCUGGGGCCAGUGUUGAGCUGUGCAUACUGCUGGACUGUGGGGAGGGCAGGCCCCAGCUGGUGCCUGGUGGCGUUCUUCACCCUGUACAGCAUGGCCCUGUCAGAGCUGGUGGGGCAGCACUAUGGGCUGGAGCUGCGCCGCCUGCACCCGGUGCUCUACAACAUGGUGCCAGACAGCGAGUGCUGCAUGCACAUGCUCUUCCCCACUGCCUCCACCCACUGGGCCUUGGUAUACGUGUGGGGACUGUGUUGCUGCCAGGGCUUUGCCAAGGACACAGCCCUCUACUCUCUUCUGCGGGGCAAGGGUGAUGCCUUUGUGGUGGAGCCCAACCUGGUGUGGCACAUGGGGAUGUUCUCCAGUCUCUGACUGAACAGUGACCCAAAACUGCUGUGAGCUGCUCCUGCCU